AUGCGAAGGUCCAGGGGGUUUGCCCGACAGGUAGCCGCCGCUGCCGCCGCCAUGCGAAGGUCCAGGGGGUUUGCCCAGCAGGUAGCCUCCGCCGUGCGAAUGUCCAGGAGGUUUGCCCGGGAGGUAGCCGCCGCCGCCGCCGUGCGAAGGUCCAGGUGGUUUGCCCCGGAGGUAGCCGCCGCCGCCGCCGCCGCCGCCGCCGCCGCCGCCGCCGCCGCCGCCGUGCGAAGGUCCAGAUGGUUUGCCCCGGAGGUAGCCGCCGCCGCCGCCGCCAUGCGAAGGUCCAGGUGGUUUGCCCCGGAGGUAGCCGCCGCCGCCGCCGCCAUGCGAAUGUCCAGGCUUGCCCGGCAGGUAGCCACCGCCGCCGCCAUGCGAUGGUCCAGGUUUGACCGGCAGGUAGCCGCCACCAUGCGAAGGUCCAGGUUUGCCCGGCUGGUAGCUGCCACCAUGCGAAGGUCCAGGUUUGCCAGGCAGGUAGUCGCCACCAUGCGGAGGUCCAGGUUUGCCCGGCAGGUAGUCGCCACCAUGCGGAGGUCCAGGUUUGCCCGGCAGGUAGUCGCCACCAUGCGGAGGUCCAGGUUUGCCCGGCAGGUAGUCGCCACCAUGCGGAGGUCCAGGUUUGCCCGGCAGGUAGUCGCUACCAUGCGGAGGUCCAGGUUUGCCCGGCAGGUAGUCGCCACCAUGCGGAGGUCCAGGUUUGCCCGGCAGGUAGUCGCCACCAUGCGGAGGUCCAGGUUUGCCCGGCAGAUAGUCGCCACCAUACGAAGGUCCAGGUUUGCCCGGCAGGUAGUCGCCACCAUAUGA